AUCACUGCUAAAAUCUAUCAUGCGCAGAACAUGUCAAUUCUUUUCUUCGAUGCUCUACAAUGAUCAGAUACUUGAUUGUGAUUGUAUUGUGAUAUAUAAUUGUCAAUCAAUCACGGAAAAUUGUGAAACUAUGAAAAAUUUAAAUUCCAAAUUAUUUUCCGGUCUCGAUAAACCGUGUCAUUUCAGAUGUCAUAUGUAUCUCAAACUAUAACCUAACAUAUAGAAUUUGUAAACAUUGAAAGUACAUAGAACGUGGUCGGCUCUGAUAAGAAAAUUGUCGUGUAAAGCAUUUAAGGAAUCCCUUUAGAAAUGAAAAUAACGAAAUCCACCGUAAUCCUCUUAGUCUUUGUACUAAUGUUAUCGAUAUUUGUAGCAAAUGUUGCUGAUCUGAUCAAUGUUGAUAAUCAUAUAUUAGAUGAUACUUUGCAUAACAAGGAUAUGAAAAAAGAAUGGUCAGAGCCAAAAUUUUAUGAUAUUGGAGAAUCCUUUGAUCAGCUAAUGUGGUUUUUACAGAUAUCAGAUAUACAUAUAAGCAUAUUUCAAGAUCCAUUUAGAAUAACAGAACUGAAGGAAUUUUGUAACAUUACUGUGAGCAGUAUUAAACCUACUGUUGUUCUUGCUUCAGGUGAUCUCACAGAUGCGAAAGCCAAGGAUAAAAUGGGAUCAAAGCAAAUAUUGGAAGAAUGGAAAUAUUAUAAGCGUGUUUUAGAUGAUACUGAAGUUACCAGAAAGACUUUGUGGCUAGAUGUGAGAGGCAAUCAUGAUAAUUUCAAUGUAUUAAGUCUUGAAUCAAAAAAUAAUUAUUAUUCAAACUAUUCCAUUCAAGGACAGAAGCACCCAAGAUCUUAUAUGUAUACCAUAAAUGUUGGUUCAAAAUAUUAUACAUUUAUUGCAAUAGAUGCUUGCUUAAAACCUGGCCCAAGAAGACCAUUCAAUUUUGUUGGCAUGUUAGAUGAGCAUGAAAUUAAAAGUAUAUACAAUUUAGUAGAUAAGUCCAAGGAUAAUAAUGCAGAUUUUAUAAUAUGGUUUGGUCAUUAUCCCACAUCCUGCAUACUAUCACAAACUAAUACCAGCAUUAGAAAUAUCAUAGGCAAACAUAAAGAAAGUAUGGUAUAUCUUUGUGGACAUUAUCAUACACUUGGCGGAGCAGUGCCUAAUAUGUACACUCUACAACGAGGAGGAUUCCUUGAAUUAGAGUUAGCAGAUUGGAAAGAUAACAGAAUGUAUCGUUUAGGAGCAAUUGACCAUGGUCAAUUUUCGUUCAUUGAUGUAAAACACAAAGAAUGGCCUGUAGUACUAAUAACUAAUCCUAAACAUGCUUUGUAUACAAUGCCCAGCAAAGAGAAUAUAAUAUCUAUUAUUAAAUCUACACAUAUUAGGAUAUUAGCAUUCUCGAUAGCGUUAAUAAAGACUGUCGAGGUUCAGUUAGAUGAUGAACCUUGGUCUGAAUGUGAACAUGUUAAAGGGCCACUCUAUGUUUUGAGAUGGAACACCACAGAUUAUAGAGAGGGAAUACAUAAUAUUCGAGUAAGGGUUUCCGACAUGGAUGAGAGGGAAGCAACAGUAGUUCAACCAUUUGCUCUUGAUGGAUCACGUUUAUCAUUUCGCGUUUUACCUAGACUUAUACUUAUGUCUAACGUCAGUAAUAUCUUCCAAUUUCUUUUUGGAACAGUGUUAGUUUUAUUAGUAAUCCCAUUGUGUGUACUUCGUUUCCUUCAUAUAUUGUGUGAGAGGAAACAGAUGCAUCGACCAAGAUUCAAAAUACAAUUUUUUUACUCAUGGGUUAGAAAAUUAUGGGUAUUAUCUACAGUUGAUCGUCUGUUUUUCCCAUUAGUAUUGUAUACAUUAUAUUUAAUAGUUGGUCCAUGGGCUGUUGGUGAAGUAAUAGAAAAUCAGACGGGUGUAAUUUUUGCGUGGGGAACAUUUAUUGGAAAAUCUUUCUUACCUGGUGCUUUUACUUAUGCUUACGGAUUUUUCCAAUUAUUUUCUUUUCAUCUACCAUUGAUGCUAAUCUUAGCUAAUAGAGUGGAUAAACGGUUACAGGAUAUUAAACCAAAUGAGAAACCAUUAUCUAGUAUUUGUAUUGUCCUACAUUAUUUGCCAAUAAUAUUAUUAAUUAUGAUGCAAACGUGUAUGACUUAUUUCUUUUGGCUAGCAUAUGGGACAUUGGCUACCAUAUUGUGUCCUUUACGCACUUGGGGUAUUGUUUUAGCAAUCAUGUUGUGGCAUCAAGCAGAUACAAUGCCAUAUUCAUGUUUAAGGUCUGCUGCAAAAGUAUGGUCUCCUCUUGGUUAGUUUAUAAAAAAUAUAACUUACCAUGAAAGUGUAGCAAAUUACCAGUAUUAAUUUUACAUAGCUGGAAUAUUUUCACGUCCUCACAUACAUAUUAUGUAGUCAAUUUAUAAAAAUAUACAUUUACAUAUAUAUGUAUAUUAAGGAGGCGCCUUGACAAAAUGUAUAGAGUUGCACAUAGUAGGAAGCCCUCCUCAUUUUUUCCAACGCCUACGUAUAUGUGUAUGUAUGUCUAUUUUUAUUUACUUACUUCUUAUAUAUCAAAUUGAAAUAGGCCAUUAUAAAUUUAUUUCUUGUCCAGUAAAUGUAAACUUAAAGUCAUUAUCAUAUAGUGUAUAUCAGGAUUAGCUAUGAUACAUUUCACAAAUCUAGAUUAGUGUAAAAAAAUAAAAAUUUUAUUGCUUAUGUUAUCAAAAAAAAAAAAUUGAAAUAACUGUAAUUGUUAUUUAUAAUCGUACAUUACAAUCAAUAAGUUCCUUUAGAGAA